AUGACCCCACUUUUACAUGAUAAUUCGCCGCCUAAGAAUAAGCCUAAACAGAAAAAAGUAGCACCUGCUCCUUAUCCUGUUAAGAAAAAGGAUACAGGAAAGUCUACUAAAAACCCAUUAUUUGAGAAAAGACCAAGAAACUUUGGGAUUGGUCAAGAUAUUCAACCUAAAAGAGAUUUAACCCGCUUCGUUAAGUGGCCCAAGUAUGUUCGUCUUCAAAGACAAAAAAGGAUUCUUAACCAACGUCUUAAAGUUCCACCGGCAAUUAAUCAAUUCACCAAAUCCCUUGACAAGACCACUGCAACUAAUGCGUUUAAACUUCUUCACAAAUAUCGUCCUGAAACCAAAGUCGAAAAAAAAGAACGUCUUCAACUUAUAGCAAAAAGUAAGGCUGAUGGUGGAAAAUAUGAACCUAAAAAACCUUAUGUAAUCAAAUAUGGUAUCAAUCAUAUUACCGCGUUGGUUGAAGCCAAAAAAGCCAAAUUAGUAUUAAUCGCUCAUGAUGUUGAUCCAAUUGAAAUUGUUAUAUGGUUACCGGCUUUAUGUAAAAAAAUGCAAGUUCCAUAUGCUAUUAUUAAUGGAAAAGCUAGAUUAGGAGCCGUAGUUCAUAAAAAAACCGCUACCGCUUUAGCUUUUGCUGAUAUUAAAGAUGAAGAUAAAAGUGCAUUCGGUAAUUUAAUUAAUUCUAUCAAGAUUAAUUAUAAUGAAAAAUAUGAAGAACAUAAGAAGCAAUGGGGUGGUGGUAUUAUGGGUGUUAAAUCUCAAGCUAUGAUGAGAAAACGUGAAAAGGCUGCUGGUAGAGAAAUAAAAGCCGUUUAA